GCCUGUUCAUGAGACGUGCACAUCUGAAGGAGUGUGUGUUGGAAUGUGUGCAGCCUCAUGUUGACCACAGAGCCUGUACUGUUUCACAUGAAGACCGUGCGACCUCAUCACGUGUGUGUGUGCGUGUAAUGUCAGUACAUUCCUCUUUCAUAUGCCGAUAUUUGAUGACAUUUAGUCAAGUGUGCGCCAUUUAGCGUAUGCCGAAUUGACCACAAGCAGCCGGUGUUUGCAACGCAAUCACGGAUGUCCACUUAAAUAUCACCGGAUUACUUCCACAGUGAAGAGAACGUACAAAUCGGACAUUUUCAAGGCGAGUUCGGUAGGCGAUUCCCCCCCCCCAACGAUUUCCAAGCGUUUAUUUGUUCGUUUGCUGGCGUUUAUUCGGGCUGGGCAUAUGCAACAGUGACGGAUGAUAGUUACCAAGCGUCGAAUCGCCUCUGGGUAGUUAAACUAGUCUGAAUGGCUCAGCUGUGAACACCAGAAGAGAUAACACACACAGAGGCAUCAGAGGAGAGGAGAAGACCUCCAGCUGAGCUCAGUAUAUGAGCUGGAAAACAUUUGAGAUUUAAAAAACAACCAACAGGAAACACAGAACGUCUCCACACGUCCCGUCUGUCGAGCGUUUGGAAGAGAUCGAUAUCACAGACUGAGAUAACCUGCUCCGGACCAGGACCAGGACCAGAACCAGAGCCAGCGAGCCCUUGGAUGAAGUCAGGCUCAGCUUGAAAGUGCUGAAACACUCGUUAACCUGACGUGUACCUGAAGUGUUCAUCACACAACACUUAGCUCCGGGCUAACACAGCAGACUCACCUUCCAGAGCGAACAGAGCAGAUGAUGGCGCGUGUGUUUGUGUUGGCUCGUCUCGUCCUGUCCCUCCUCCUGAUUGGUCCGUCAGCCUCACUUCCGUCUUCAGGUGAUGUGUCAGCGGGGGCGGAGCCAGCCUCUCACUGCCCGCCUCGCUGGCUCCUGCUCGGGCAGAGAUGCUUCGCUUUCUACCCCGUGUGGAGCUGCUGGAGCUCUGCUGAGUCCAUGUGCUCUCAGACAGGGGGUCACCUGGCGUCCCUUCACACUCCGGAGGAGAGGCUGUUUGUGGGUCAGCUGAUGAACACACACACUCCUGUGUGGCUGGGUGGACACCGGGCCCAACAGAACGGCUCCUGGGUUUGGACUGACGAUCAGAACCAGGAAGAGACCGGAGAGGGCGGGGCUUGCAUGCAAAUGGACCCGAUAAGUGGAGAGCUGCACGGCGCCCCCUGUGGAGAGCUCAGGUUCUACAUCUGCUCCACCGCAGCCAGUCCUGAAGUCUUACCUGAGGGCAGGGAACCAGUCAAAUCAGGUCUCGCCCCCGGUGUGAGUCUGUUCGAUGUAGUGUGGAGUCACAGCGACAUGCAGGCCGAAGAGAUUCUCCACUUGUCCUGCUUCUUCCAGGAGCUCCGGUCCGGCCGCCUGACGCAGCGCUGCUACGCCAGCUUCAUGCAGCAGGAGGCGCUCUACCUGCAGGGAGUCAGCAGCAUGCUGGAGGUCCUGGUCAGCAGCUUGCAGGAAGCAGAUGCUGUGAGAUCACUGCUGCUGGACGCACUGGAACACUACAGCAGCAGAACCCAGAGCCUCCUCCAUUCACCUCCGCCUCAGUGGCUCCAGUCGUCCCUCCAGUCUUUCCACUUUGUGGUUUUGGAGGAGCCGGUGUAUUGGCUAGUGGCGCUGUCAGCCCGGGCCUGCCUCUAUGAAUUGGUCUCUGGGGUGCUGGUCAGGACUGGGUCUGGGUCUGAAGUCAUCUACCAGGACUGGAGAGAGGAGAGUCUGAAGGAAGUUGUCUGGACACAAAGGUACAGACAGGUGCUGGAGGAGCACCAGGACCAGGUGGACGCGUCUAAAGCGAUCCACAUCUUCAGGCAGCACAUGAUGAACCAGAAGAGUCUCCACAAGGCCGUAGGCUGCAACGAUGAUGACAUCGGUGACACCUUAUGAAAGGUGAAGUUUGUGUCUGGAUGCAAGCGACUGCCUGUUGGAGCGAGACUGUACCUGCCACCAGGAUGAAGGAAUGUCCUGAACUCCAACGUUUACGCUUUAUAUUGUGUUUCACUCCCAUUGUAUGAAGUUAGAACUGUUGUGAAGUGAGCGAGAGGACGGCGGAGUCGCCUCAGUGAAACCUCAAACAGCUCAGAGGUCCAGCAUUUAUUUACAUGAAUGUCCUCAAGUUUUUCUACUCUGUCUGAUAUGAAUUGUAAUAUAUUAAUACAAUAAGCUACGUCUUGUUUAAGUCCUGUGAUGAGACAUGAAUGUUGACCAGUCUGAAGGGCUGGAUGGAAAUAAAUAAAUAAAUAAAUAAAUAAAUAAAUAAAUAAAUAAAUAAAUAAAUAAAUAAAUAAAUAAAAGUUG